AUGGAGCACCUGUGCCUGAAGUUCCCCACCCCCACCGGGGUCGGGACAGCGAGAGGAGAUCAGAAGGUCAGCCGGAGCUGUUACCUGAAAGCGUGUCGCCAAAUCGGCAGUAGGGACCUCCAGGUCCACACCAUCGCCGAGAAGGCACUACAAGGCGAGGAAAAUCGGCCCCGUGCCGAACCCAUAGUAGAGACGGAGGAUGUAGUGUUAGACCUCGGACGGCCUGAAAGGGUCGUGAAAGUCGGAACGGGACUGCCGGCCGAGCUACGGGGCCGGAUCAUAGAAGUCAUCCGCCGCUUCAAGGACGUGUUCGCCUGGGGCCCGGAGGACAUGCCGGGACUCAAUAGGGAAGUGAUCACACACAAACUGGCGGUCGACCCAACGAUUAAGCCGGUACAACAGAAGAAAAGGUACCUCUCGGCGGAGAGACGGGAAUUUGUGAAAAAGGAGGUUAACACCCUCUUGGAGAUCGGGUACGUCAGGGAGGUCUUAUACCCUGGGUGGCUUGCGAAUGUGGUCCUCGCACCCAAACCGCCGACGUGGAGGAUGUGCGUGGACUACACGGACCUCAACAAGGCAUGCCCAAUGGACCCGUUCCCGCUCCCGAACAUCGACCAGCUGGUGGACGAGACAGCAGGCUGCGCGCUCAUGAGUUUUCUCGACGCAUUUCGCGGCUAUCACCAGAUUUUUAUGCACGAGGAGGACGAGGAAAAAACGGCUUUCACCACUCCUGAAGGUGUUUUUUGCUAUCGGGUGAUGGCCUUCGGGCUCAAGAACUCCGGGGCCACAUACACGAGAAUGGUCGCCAAAGUCUUUAAAAAGGUGCUCGGCCGGAACCUACAAGCCUACGUCGACGACAUGAUAGUGAAGAGCUCGGAGACCGACCUCCACACGGAGGACUUAACAGAGGUAUUUUCAAUUAUGCGCCAGUUCGAUUUACGCCUAAACCCCAAAAAGUGCACCUUCGGGGUACAUGGGGGGAAGUUCUUGGGGUACAUAGUCUCCAAGAGGGGCAUAGAGCCCAACCCCGACAAGGUGAAGGCCAUACUGGAGAUGGAGCCCCCGAGGUCCCUCCGCGAGGUCCAGCGCCUCAAUGGUCGCUUGGCCGCCCUCGGACGCUUCCUUUCGAGGUCGGCCGAGAAGUCCUUACCUUUCUUCGGGGUUCUCAAGAAGAGUAGCGGUUUUGAGUGGUCGGCCGAGUGUCAGAAGGCCUUCGACGACCUCAAGGCCUACUUGAUGUCCUUGCCUCCCCUGGCUAAGCCGGAGAAAGGGGAAGUCUUAUAUUUGUACUUGGGUAUCUCGCAAGCUGCGAUCAGUUCCGUGCUGGUCCGGGAUGAUGCGGGAGUACAAAGACCCGUGUAUUACGUGAGCAGGGCCCUACGGGGGGCAGAGCUCCGAUACUCUCCAACAGAGAAGGCCAUAUUUGCUGUCGACGCCACAGCAAAAAAGUUAAACCAUUAUUUUCAGGCUCACCCAGUGCACGUACUCACGAACCUACCGCUGGAGGCGGUGCUAAGGCGCGCAGGGUCGGCAAGCCGACUCGUGAAGUGGUCUAUGAGGCUCAGCCAAUUUGACAUCCAUUUCAAGCCUAGGCCAACCAUCAAGGGGCAGGCCCUCGCAGACUUCAUAGUCGAGUGCACUACCCGCGACGCCACAGAGCAGGCAAGGAACGCGGAGGAAGAGUGGUGGACCCUAUCAACUGACGGGUCCUCGAGUAGCAAGGCAUGUGGAGGAGGGGUCGUCUUGGUAACCCCGGAAGGCUUCCGGGCGUAUUACGCCCUCCGUUUCCAUUUUAAAUUAUCAAACAACGAAGACGAGUAUGAGGCGCUGCUGUGCGGACUCCAACUCGCAGUGAGCAUGAAGGUCGAAAAGCUGAAAAUUCGGUGCGACUCCAGGCUCGUGGUCGGCCAAGUGUCCGGCGAGUUCGAAGCGAACGAGGAGAGGAUGAUCCGGUACCGCGACGUGGUGCUCCGAGUCUUGGGGCAGAUCGCCCAACACGAAAUUUUGCAAAUACCAAGAGAGCAAAACGCAGAAGCUGAUACGCUCUCCAAGCUCAGCCAGGCCACCCCAGAAUACAUCUCGAAAAUUGCAAGGAUAGAGGACCUCCAUAAGUCCAGCUUGGAGGCAUAUCCGGUCAUGCCCGUGCAAAGCCGUCCGCCCUGUUGGUUGGACCAUCUCGUGCAGUACAAGAGGACGGGCACCCUACCCCCGGAUGAGGCCGACGCUAAGGCAGCCAAGAGACGCGCCCCGACAUACGAGCUUAUCGGGGACAUCCUAUACAAGAGGUCCUAUAACGGGGCGUUGCUAAGGUGUUUAUACCCAGAUGAAGCCCGGGCUCUCAUCGAGGAGAUUCACGAAGGAACUUGCGCAGCCCAUCAGGGAGCUUAUACCAUGGCCCGGAGAGCCAUACUUCAAGGCUACUUCUGGCCGGGGAUGGCGAAGGAAUGUGCGGAUUACGCACGGAGCUGCCCGACUUGCCAACAAUUCCAGACCGGCCCGGGCCGACCCGCCACCAACUACACUCCGAUUAGCUCUGUCAUACCAUUCUCAAGGUGGGGCAUCGAUAUUGUAGGAGCCCUGCCCAUGGGCUCGGGCAAGCGAAAAUAUGUCAUCGUCGCGGUGGAUUAUUUCACGAAGUGGGUGGAGGCCGAACCCCUAGCAAGCAUUACCAGCGUCUGGUGCAAACAGUUCAUAUACUCCAACAUACUAUGCCGUUUCGGGGUGCCAAUGCAAAUCAUUUCCGAUAACGGUCGCCAGUUCAAGGGAAAGGAGUUCAAGUUGUUCUGCCAGGAGUGGCGCAUCACCCACACCCAAGUCUCCGUGGCCUACCCCCAAGCGAACGGCCAGGUGGAGAAUGCCAACCGCACGAUAGUAGACGGGUUGAAGAAGACCCUGGAGGCGGCGGGAGGAGCGUGGGUCGAGAACCUAGAGGCGGUCCUCUGGGCGUAUCGCACCACGCCACGAAAAGCAACAGGCGAGACCCCAUUCGCGCUGUGCUACGGAUUCGAAGCUAGAGCUCCGGCAGAGGCUAUCAUUCCGACGCGACGAAGUGAGGAAUACGAUCCCGAACGCAACGAGGAGCACCACCGGGCUGACCUCCACCUGAUAGACGAGAAACGCGAAGCAGCCAUGGUGCUCGCGGAAAACUACCAAAGACAGGCUAAGGCAUACCAUGACAAAAGAGCACAGCCCCGAUACUUCCAAGUCGGCGAUUAUGUGCUAAGGCGCCGCGAAGCCAGCAAGCCCCUAGACGGUGGCAAGUUAGCCAAGCGCUGGGAAGGACCUUACAUAGUUUCAGCCGUGGUCCGCCCCGGCAGUUACAAGCUGAGGACGCCGAAGGGCAAAGAAGUAGAAAGGGUCUGGAAUUCAGAACAUUUAGUUAAGUACUUCCAGUAA